CAAAUCCAACCCCUUUUGCGCUCAGUCCACGGCGGCGCGCACGAGCCCCGCAGAGGGUUUUAGGUCCAAGGGAGCAGGCAAGCGUAGCUGCAAGUUAAUUUACAACCCCCUAAACCGCUCCGAGCGUAUUAAUAAAGCACAAUGGCUGGACUGAAGUACCUGACUGGCUUUGGAAACGAGUUCUCCUCUGAAGACCCUCGCUGCCCAGGAUCCUUGCCUGAAGGACAGAGCAGUCCUCAGGUCUGUCCCUACGGCCUCUAUGCAGAGCAGCUCUCUGGGUCGGCCUUCACCUGCCCGCGCCCAGCCAAUAAGCGCAGCUGGUUGUAUCGCAUCCUGCCCUCUGUCAAACACAAGCCCUUCACCUCCCUGCCAUGUGGGAAUCUGACCGACAACUGGGACGCGGUGGAGCCUGAUCCCAACCAGCUGCGAUGGCUGCCGUUCACUAUUCCCAAAUCUACAGAGAAGAAAGUGGACUUUGUGGCUGGUCUACAAACCGUCUGCGGUGCUGGAGAUGCCAAAUCUCGCAACGGCAUCGGCGUCCACGUCUACACCUGCAACAGCUCCAUGGUCGACAGGUGCUUCAACAACUCUGAUGGAGACUUUCUGAUUGUCCCGCAGCAGGGUGAGAUCCUGAUCACCACGGAGUUCGGGAAGAUGAUGGUCGAGCCGAAUGAGAUCUGCGUCGUCCAGCAAGGCAUGCGCUUCAGUGUUGAUGUGUUUGGGGAAACCAGAGGUUACGUACUGGAGGUGUACGGGGCCCAUUUUGAACUUCCUGACCUGGGGCCUAUAGGAGCCAAUGGUCUGGCCAACCCCAGAGACUUCCUGUGUCCAGUUGCUUGGUAUGAAGAUCGCACAGUGGCCACAGGUUACACCAUCAUCAACAAAUACCAGGGAAAACUCUUCGCCUGCCAACAGGAUUUCUCGCCAUUCAAUGUGGUUGCCUGGCACGGGAAUUACACGCCUUACAAAUACAACCUGAAGAACUUCAUGGUUAUCAACUGUGUGGCCUUCGAUCAUGCUGACCCGUCCAUCUUUACUGUGCUUACGGCCAAAUCCACACGACCAGGUGUGGCCAUUGCUGAUUUUGUCAUCUUCCCCCCGCGCUGGGGAGUGGCUGAUCACACCUUCCGUCCUCCAUAUUACCACCGUAACUGCAUGAGUGAAUUCAUGGGUCUAAUCCAAGGCCACUACGAAGCCAAAGAAGAGGGUUUCCAGCCCGGAGGGGCCAGUCUCCACAGCAUCAUGACCCCACACGGCCCAGACGCCGACUGCUUCGAAAAGAACAGCACCGCUGAGCUCAAACCUGAGAGAGUGGCAGAAGGAACCAUGGCGUUCAUGUUCGAGUCAUCCUUCAGUAUGGCUGUGACCAAAUGGGGUCUACAAACAUGUCAGAGGCUUGACAAGCGCUACUACCAGUGCUGGGAACCUCUCCGCAGCCACUUUAACCCCAACUGGAAACCAAGCAAAAAGUAGAAAAAAACCCAAGCAGAAUAAAUGAAUUUAAAAUCUUAUUUAGACAUUAUUAGAUGCAACUGCCAGAUAAUUCAGAAUAAAGAAAAAACAGGG